CGUCGUCGACAAGUCCAGUCGCCUCCACCUCUAUCCCUCCGCCGAACAACAUGUUCUUCUGCGCAAUUUCUGGAGAGCCACCACAAGACCCGGUCGUAUCACAGAAGUCUGGCCAUGUCUACGAGCGGAGGCUGAUUCUCAAGUACAUCACCGAGAAUGGCACAGACCCCAUUACCGGAGACAAGUUGGAGGAGUCGGACCUUAUCACCGUCAAAGCUAACCCGAAGACUGCUGCUCCGCGACCACCGGCAGCUACUUCCAUCCCGGCUCUCCUCCAUACCCUUCAAAAUGAGUGGGACGCUCUCAUGCUCGAGACGUUCACCCUCAAGCAGCAGUACAACUCCCUUCGUCAAGAGCUGAGCUACGCUCUGUAUGCACAGGAUGCCGCGACACGCGUAGUUGCGCGUAUGAUUCGCGAGCGUGAUGCAGCAAGAGAAGCUCUCGCAAGUGUGUCAGCUACUAUGGGCGUUGCGCCUGCUGGUAACGGAGGGGAUGUGGAGAUGGCAGAGGCAGAGGGCGAAGCGGGAGGUAUACCUGAAGAGGUUGCGCAGAAAAUCGAGGAGACACACCAGACGUUGUCUGCUCAGCGUAAAAAACGCAAGCCCCCUACUGGCUAUGUACAUCGGCCGAGGUCAAGACCUUCACCGCGAAACACGCCAUCCCUCCCUGCAUCGCCCUCGCCUGCUGGUAUCACCGCUUUGGCCGUGUCUACAGCCAAUCCUUCGCGGUUCCUCACAGGCGGCAACGACAAAAUCGUGCAACUCUAUGACCGCAGCACCGACAAGGUCCUGGCAGCUCUACCGGGACACCAGAAGAAAAUCACUCACGUUGCAGUGACCGACUUGCUCCUCUCUGGCAGUACCGACAAGACCGCAAGGGUGUGGGCCCACGACACAGUGUCUGGCGAGUACAAAACUCGUGCUGUCAUUCGCACGCACAAAGGCGAAGUCACAGGCCUCGCCAUGCACCCUACGAACACACUCGUGGCGAUGGCGUCUACCGACCGCACUUACUCGCUGCAUGACCUCACGAGCGGCUCGCUCGAGUCGUUCACGUCUCUAGGCGUGCAUCCUGACGGCACGCUGCUUGCCGUGGGUACCCCUGCCUCCACGAUCCAGGUCUACGAUAUCCGCUCGGGUGUUGUUGCUGCGUCUUUAUCGCCUCCCGAGAGCACGCCAUUCACCGUCAAGACCCUCAGCUUCUCCGAGAACGGCUACCACAUGCUUGCGCCAGACUCCUCUCCUCUGUCGCAAUCUGGGACUUGCUUGCGGGGCGAGGGCGCGCGCAUCUUCGCGCACAAGUCUUGGGAGGAACUGGUGCGCUUCGAAGAGGGCGGCGAGGUCGCCGACUUCGUGUUCGGUGCCGAGGGCAAGGAGGUCUGGGGUGCCACUGGCAGGGAGGUCAGGGUAUGGGGUCUGCCUGCGUAAACUAUCGAUACAUGUGCCUGUUGCUACGUGUACGUGUGCCUGUUCAGUGUUCUAUUCUUGCCAAAACGAGAGCUCCUGCUCGCUCGUGCUUAUGUCGAAGUGUUGUCUGCUUUCCUACUUCCGGCGGUGCGCAUCCAUUACGGAACACUGCCCUACUAUGCGGCUGUCCGAGAGGCCUGACGCGACCGUUAUGCACAGUGCCGUGUCGUAUCUGUGUAACUGCCAAUGUCUCAUUCGCUGGGCCUGCGUUCAAUAGUCAGGGAGUUCAUACCGUGAGUACAGUUCAUAAGAUGCUUACGCAUAAUCAUUCCAGUCAUCAAUACAUGCAACCGGGUACAUGAUCG